AUGUCCUUAUCACGAAUAAAACAUGCAGCCAAAUCCUUGAAAACAUUUCAAGGCAUACAGUUCGAUCAGUGCCUAGACGAUGGAGAAAAAGCAGAACAAGUUGGAAAAUGGUUACUAGAAGUGUCAUGGGAAGUAGCAAACAAAGUUGGUGGUAUCUAUACUGUAAUUCGUUCAAAAGUUCCAAUAACAAAAAAAGAAUAUGGUAAUAACUACAUUUGUAUUGGACCAUACAAUGAGGCAUUUGUACGAACAGAAGUGGAGAUUGGAGAAUCAAAUAUUGGUGCAAUACGAGCAACAGUCAGAGAAAUGAAACGUUAUGGAAUUCAUGUUGUUACUGGAAAUUGGCUAAUUGAAGGUUAUCCACAGGUUGUUUUGUUCGAUAUUAGCUCGGCUUCUCACCGUCUUGAUAGUUGGAAAGGAGAUUUUUUUCAAUAUGCUCACAUCGGAAUACCUUAUCAUGAUCGAGAAGCAAAUGAUGCCAUCUUAUUUGGAUUUUGUGUUUUUUGGUUCAUUGGAACGUUUCUUGAACAACUAAAAUAUGAUGAACAUCGUUACGUUACUGCACACUUUCACGAAUGGUUAGCUGGAGUGGGAUUAGUAAUGACACGAUUGAGAGGUUAUGAUUGUGCUCUUGUAUUUACAACACAUGCAACAUUACUGGGAAGAUAUUUAUGUGCGGGAAGUACAGAUUUUUACAAUAAAUUAUCAUCGGCAAAAGCUGGUGAUCGACAAAUUUAUCAUCGUUAUUGUAUUGAACGUGCAGCUGCCUCUUGUGCUCAUGUUUUUACAACUGUCUCAAAAAUAACUGGAAUUGAAGCUGAACAUCUAUUGAAUAAACGACCUGACAUUUUAACGCCAAAUGGUUUGAGUGUUAAACAAUUUGCUGCAUUGCAUGAAUUUCAAAAUCUUCAUGCACAAAAUAAAGAAAAACUAAACGCAUUUUUACGUGGACAUUUUUUUGGGCAUUAUGAUUUUGAUUUGGAUAAAACUCUUUAUUUUUUUAUCGCUGGUCGAUAUGAAUUUACAAAUAAAGGUGCUGAUAUGUUUAUUGAGUCAUUGGCUAGAUUAAAUCACAUGUUAAAAGCUGUUGGUUCCGAUGUCACGAUUGUUGCAUUUCUUAUAUUUCCAGCACCCACAAACAAUUUUAAUGUUGAAUCGUUAAGAGGACAAUCUAUUGCAAAAAUGUUGAGAGAUACGGUGCAAAAUGUUCAAGGCGAAAUUGGAAAAAGAUUAUACGAAAUAUGUCUUAAAGGACAUAUUCCAAAUCCGGAUCAAGUUUUGAAAAAUGAAGAUUUGGUGGAAUUAAAAAAAUGUAUAUUCGCAUCACAGCGUUCAUCUCUUCCUCCAAUAUGUACUCACAAUGUUGUUGAUGAUAAUACUGAUCCAAUAUUAUGCGCCUUACGUCGUUGUCAGCUAUUUAAUAAUCGGUCAGAUCGUGUUAAAGUUAUAUUUCAUCCAGAAUUUUUACGAUCAACAUCGCCUCUAUUACCGAUGGAUUAUGAAGAAUUUGUUCGUGGUUGUCAUUUGGGCGUAUUUCCAUCUUAUUAUGAACCAUGGGGAUAUACUCCUGCUGAAUGUACGGUAAUGGGUGUUCCCAGUAUUACAACAAAUUUAUCCGGUUUUGGCUGUUUUAUGGAAGAACAUGUCAGUGAAUCAAAUUCAUACGGAAUUUAUGUCGUUGACAGAAGGUACAAAAGUGCCGAAGAAUCGUGCCAACAGUUGACUCAGUACAUGUUCGAUUUUUCACAAUUAUCGCGUCGUCAACGUAUUAUAUUACGAAACAGAACGGAACGUUUAAGCGAAUUGUUAGAUUGGAAUACACUUGGAAUUUAUUACUACAAAGCACGUCAAUUAGCUCUUCAAAGAAUACAUCCAGAAAUAGACGAACAAAUGAUGAAAAUUUCCCAAGUUUUUCAUGUAUCUCGUGCGUCCUCUGCUCCCUCUUCUCCUGGCGCAUCCCGUUCAUCGACACCCGCACCAACCGAAGAGGAUUAUUCUGAGGAAGAUUAUCCAGACGAACAAAAAACACCCGAUAUUGAAGCAAAACGUGAAUAUCAUCCUCCUCCGCCAAUUGAAAAAAUUCCUCGACCACAAUCUGCUGUGAGGAACCCUACAAAUUCACCGUUUAAACGAGUAGAUGAUACUGAUCAACAUGAUGAUUUAAAUGCUGAUGAUGAUAUCAAUUUUCCACCAGAUCAAGAUACUCGAACAUUACGUGAUAAAGCCUUUGUCGAUCCAUCUUAUAAGAAUAGUGGAAAAUCACAAGUUUUACCAGAAUCAACAUUGGACAAAUUAGGCUCGAAUUUAGGUUUGCCUACAAAAGGUACAUUUGAUAAGGAACAAUUACUACCACUACUUGGUAGAAAAUCCUCAAUAUCGACGCAAGAUCAUUUUACAGCAGCCACUCACAGUACGGCAAACAAAACAACGUCUGGUGAAUCAUCUGCUUUUAUUGAAACAGGUGGAACAGGCUCAUCAUUGUUUGCACCACCAUUAAUUGAUCAACAAGCAGCUCAAUCUAUUGGAAAAGAAUCAUUUCAAUAA